AUUGUGAAAAUAACGGAAGCCGCCUCGGUCCAACGUUAGGUUCUGUUAGCGAUAACGUUCAUGUUUAGCUGUAGAAUAGUGACGUCAGUGGCUCAUUUACACUGAAGAAAAUGAAUUAAGUGUUUUAUUUUACUCCCACUGAGUCUGUAGAGCUUGACAUUAAUGCCUCGUUUCAGCCAUGUGUCUUUAUUACGGAUGUAUUCAUAGUACACACGUGACAGGUGUGGCUAACAGCUAAGAUGCUAACGACUCUCCGCUAGUUGUCAUUAGGAGGUUACGAACAACAACAUGAGGUUCUUUGUCUGCGUCAAAACACAGCGGACACUGAAGCUGGUCUGUAGUCCUUCACCGGCAGUUCAGCUCAGACUCUUCUGCAGACCUUCGUCCUACAAUGACCAGACCCCCCGCCAGUGCAUGCUGCGACACCUCACCUCCAAAAUCAAAGCCACUGGUCCGAUCUCAGUGGCCGAGUACAUGAGGGAGGUUCUGACCAACCCAGUGACGGGUUAUUACGUGAGGAAGGACAUGCUGGGACCAGACGGAGACUUCAUCACGUCACCGGAGGUCAGCCAGGUCUUUGGAGAGCUGAUCGGUGUGUGGGUGCUCAGUGAGUGGAUGGGAGCGGGUCGACCCAAACACCUGCAGCUGGUGGAGCUGGGACCUGGAAAAGGCUCCAUGUCCAGCGACGUCCUCAGAGUACUUGGUCAGUUGCGGUCAGUUCUGGGUGAGGCCUCCGUGUCCCUCCACCUGGUGGAGGUGAGUCCAGCGCUGAGUCGACUCCAGGCCGAGAAACUGACAGGAAGCGGCAGCCGUGAGGCGGACAACGAGGAUGAGCCGGUUUACCGCCGCGGGGAAACCAAAGACGGGCUGCCAGUGUCCUGGUACCGUAACUUAGACGACGUCCCUGCAGGAUUCAGCAUCUUCCUCGCUCACGAGUUCUUCGACGCUCUGCCCGUCCACAAAUUCCAGAGGACGGAGAAAGGCUGGAGGGAGGUGAUGGUGGACCUCCACCCUCAGAACCCUGACGAGCUGAGGUUCGUCAUCGCUCCGUCUCCAACCCUCGCCUCCUCCACGCUCGUCCCGACAGGUGAAAGGCGGGAUCAUGUAGAGGUGUGUGCAGAGGGCGGGGCCAUCGUCCAGCAGCUGGCCAAGCGGAUCUCGGAGGAGGGCGGAGCAGCACUGAUCGCAGACUACGGCCACGACGGAACUAAAACGGACACGUUCAGAGGGUUCAAAGGUCACCAGCUCCAUGACGUCCUAAAGUCCCCCGGCUCCGCCGACCUCACCACCGAUGUGGACUUCAGCUACCUGCGCAGCAUGGCCGGAGAGAGUGUGACCUGUCUGGGACCCAUCGCCCAGAGGAUGUUCCUGAAGAACAUGGGCAUCGAUGCACGGAUGCAGGUCCUGUGGAAGAGCUGCAGCCACGACUCCACCAGGCAGCAGCUGGUCAGCAGCUACGACCUGAUGAUGAACCCGGCCAAGAUGGGCCAGCGUUUCCUCUUCUUCAGCCUCCUCCACCACGGCCGCCUGGCCCCCCCGCCCCCCCCGCCCCCCUCCUCGGGGCUGAAGCUGGAGAAGAGGCAGCGUCCAGCACCGCUGCCUGUGGCUGGUUUCUCUGAGCUCAGCUACUCCUGAAACAGAAACUCCAGGACUCACCUGGAAACUCCAGGACUCACCUGGAAACUCCAGGACUCACCUGGAAACUCCAGGACUCACCUGGAAACUCCAGGACUCACCUGGAAACUCCAGGACUCACUCACCUUUCACUAAAACCCGAUUUAUUUGACUGUAAAUUUCACAGUUUUUUUCAUCACAUUUGUAGAAAAGUAUUAAAUGAGGUAAAAACA